UAGGGGUGGGUUGGAUUCCAAAGAGAGGGGAUGUUAUAUUUUAGUAGUUUUAAAACGCAACGUUUAUUGUCAGUUAGUAUUGGGUUAGGUCAGCCCGCGUCAGCAUGUAACGCUCGUUAUUGUAGUUCUUAUUUCCGUCGAUAUAACGUCGACUAGAAAAAUUAUUUUUUUUUUUUCUUUCAUGGAUUUAUUUUGGAUUGAAUAUAUUUACUGUGUAGUGAAAGUGGAUGACUUUUAAUAUAGUGGAUUAUUUUUUUAUUUUUAAAUUGAAAUAUUAAUUGCCUAUGGAUUUUAUUUUUUGUCAUUUUUUUGGAUUUUCAAAGUGAUUGUGGAUGGAGUGCUUGUGGGUUUUUUUUUACGGAUCAGAGAAUGGCACUUUCUUUUUUUCAAAAAGCUCAAAUUAAUGCAGGACUACUAGCCAGCCAGCUCAACCUAGAAAACGAAAAGAAGUCUCUAUCACUAGGCGAAUAUCUGUAUCUAUUUCCGCAAAUUAUAGCGGCGCCAUCUCACCAGCAUUUGAACUUUUCUCCUGAUCGAAUAAUCGAAAGUAGUACCGCCGCCACAAUGAACACACGAAUCCCAUCAAGUAUCCAAGCAACCUUAGCCGCAGCGGCCAACUCAGCGCUCUACUCCCCAAGCCAGAUGGCGCUCUUCGCCGGUUGGUUACCACCGCCAUCACCACCCAACCCCCCAAUAUCUCCAGUGUUGAAACCGUCGCUUAAACGUCCUGCGAGCAACCCACAUCCUGAAGCAGCCAAACGUGCCAGGAAACGAGGUCCCAAAUCAAAGGACUCAGAGUUACCUAUUCCUAUGCCUCUUACAAAUUUGAGUCCCGCACCUCCAAGUCCCCCGAACUCAAUCAGUCCUGAAGUUCCCACGAAAGAAGUUGCACCUCGUGACAAAGUCUUCACCUGCGGGGUCUGCUCAAGGUCAUUUGGUUACAAACACGUUUUACAAAAUCACGAGCGAACUCAUACUGGAGAAAAACCAUUCGAGUGUCCUGAGUGCCACAAAAGAUUUACACGUGACCACCAUCUUAAGACGCACAUGCGUCUUCAUACUGGAGAAAAACCCUACCAUUGCUCACACUGUGACCGUCAGUUUGUCCAGGUCGCAAACUUGAGACGCCAUCUUCGAGUCCAUACGGGCGAGCGUCCUUAUGCAUGUGAACUAUGUGCUGCUAAAUUUAGUGACUCAAAUCAACUGAAAGCUCAUUUGCUGAUUCAUAAGGGUGAGAAGCCAUUUGCAUGCGAGCACUGUAACAUCAGAUUUAGACGCAGGCACCAUCUGGUCCAUCACAAGUGCGGAGUUGCUAAUGCGCAUGCGCAAAUGGUAGGACGUGGAUAUGCGCAUGGUCAAUUAACUGGAGGUCAGCCUUCACCGGCGGCUAGUGAUGACUUCGAUGAAGACAUUGAUCUUGAAGAUGAAAUGGAGAGAAAGAAAAUCGCGGGAUUGAACGAAUUAAUGCCUAUUAAUCUUACUGUACCUAUGGAAUUGCCAGAGCAAACAGAACCAGAGGAUCUUUCUAUGUCUACGGGGUCAAUGCGUGGUCACUCUAAUAGUCACAGUGGUGGAGAUUCGCCUUUAAGUCGCAGUCCAAGCAGUGAUUUGCAUGAUGAAGAGGACGAAGAUGUGGUAAUGGAUGAUAUUAAUGGAAGAUUAUUUUUAACAAGACAAAAUUUAGAUGUUUUUAGGCAUAGGAUUAACCAUAGUAAAGAUAGAGUUUGUAGUAAUUAAGUUUUUUUUAUCAUAACUCGGUAACCAUUGGAUAUAAUACUCGAUUAUUUAUUGUUUUUAAGUAACGAUCGUUUGAAUAACAGACAGUUAUCAAUAUAAUAAUUUAUGUAAAUUUGUACAGUGUCGUAACUCUAAAACUAUCAAGUUUAGAGUUAUAGGGUCAAGGACUAAAAUCAAAGGAAAUUUCAUUUCCUAUAACUUUAUUCUAGUGAUUAAUCACUCGAUAAUUAGUUGUUUUAAUGUUACAAGAGUCUGAAUAACUCACAGUAAUGAAAAUAAUAAUUUUUAAAAAAUCGGUAUGAUUAAUACGACCAUAACUUCUAAACUAUCAAGUCUACAGUGAUAGGGUCAAGGAGUGAAAUUGUAGGAAAUUUUAUGCCCUACAAAUUUAUCUCAGUGAUUAAUCAUCGUAAAGUCGAUAUUUUAGGAGUUAUGAUCGUAUUAAUCAUUAUAGAUCUUAUGAUUUUUUAAAAAUGCAUUUAAGUUUAAAAAUGCCAUAAGUUGUCAACUUUUGAGUUUACAACAAAAAGUAUGAGGGCUUAAAUGGUUGGAAAUGCAAUUUCCAAUAGAUUCUAGCCGGUGAUUAAUCGCAGGUGAAUUGAUGUAAAUACAAGGAAAUUACGAGGAAACCAACGACUCGGGAGUAAUUUUCAUAAGGAAUAAAUUUUCAGAAAAUUAAAUUUCCUUUUCAAAGACCUCCUAAAAAAUGUUAUUACCUAAAUUUGUUACCGAGUAAUGAGCAUUUAAAGUUACAAUUUAAUUUAAAUUCGAUAGUGUAAAUAAUUAUUUAUAUUAUAAAUGUAUAUGAAACGAUAACUCAUAAACUAUGGGUUUAACAGAUUAUUUAAAUCAGUACAAAGUUGUAGAGAAUUUAAUUUACGUUUCAUACAUCACCCAUUUGAUACCAUUAUCUAUAGUAGUUUUCAAGAUAAAUGUCAUCUUUGCAAAGCGAAAUUGAUAUUCAAUUUUUCGGUCCCAUUGGGCCUUAGGUCUCAUGACUCGCUUUUUGCUAAGGCCCAAAUAAGAUUAUUCAUAUUUUUGAAUGACAGGGGCUUAGAAAUUAGGUUGAUACCAUGGGUCUGUAUAUAAAAAAUUUUGGGCCUUAUUUUUUUUUAUCGUUAAUUUUUUUCAGGCCCAAAUUUGAUUAUUUAAGAAAUUUUAUCAUUUUUUUUUGUAUAAAUUCUUUAAGUCUGAUUAUUGAGUUAUUAUUACUUAUUAUUAUUAUUAUUAUUAUUAUUAUCAUUAUUAUUAUUGGUUAUUAUUAUUUUUUGUAAAUAUUAUUAUCAUUUAAAAUAGAGUAUAUCAAAUUGACUAAUUGUUGGGCAUUUUUUUAUUUUUUUUUUCCCUCCUAAUUAUCGUAACUCAGAAAAAUUUUUUUUUCAGAGUUAGGAAAUUUUCUUGCCUAACCGGAAAAAAAUAUAUUAUUUCUUAAUUUUCCAAAGGUUUUCCUCUAGAAUUUUUUUUUCAACCCCAUCAUUUUUGAAAUCUCCCAUCGAUUUGUGUUCUCUUUAAAAAUUUUUUUUUCUCCAAACUUAUAGAUCAAAAAAGAAAAAUUUUUUUUUCCAGAGUUAAGUAAUUUCCCAACUGACAUUUUGAGACAGAAAUUAUUUCAUGAUAAUCAUAAGCAAUCGUGCUAGAAUUUUUUUUAAGUAACAAGUCCUAAAAUAUCCUCGUAGAUUUUGAUCGUGUUCACUCGCGUUAAAAAACGAGGGUUAAAAAAUCUCGCACGCGUAUUGUCAUUUUUUAGUCUCCUAAAUAAAUAUAAAAUAGAUUUAUAAAGACUCAAUGCAGCAAAUCAAGCAAUUUUUAUAUUUUUUAUUUAAAAAUUUUUUUUCUCCCGGGUUACAAAGGAGCCGUGGCCUUGGGAAAUAAAUUUGCAUGGGCUGAGAUGACAGUCUUUACAAAGAGUUGUCCCUUUUUUAGAUUCUUUUGCCUUUUUGACUCGAGUGCUAAAAAUUCAGAGAAUCUUUUGCGAAAAAAAAUUAUUUGCGUUUUAAAUUCAAACUUUAUUAUUUGGGUGGUCGGUUACGCGUGUGAACUUAUUAUAUAUUCACGUGGGUGUCUUUUUAUAUUUUAAUUUCAAUUUUUUUUUUUAACUUCUCGUUAUGAAAAUUGCGUUUUUUUUUUUUUUAAAUCACAGAAGUUUAAAUUUUUAACUUUGGGGUCUGUUUCAAAAAUUUAUAAUAAUUUUGAAAAAUCAAGCGGCAAAUUUCCUAAUGGGAAAAAAAAAAUUUUCUUCUUUCCAAUUCCUUGUAUACAAAAAAAAAAUAAAAUCAAAAUAACUUUUAAGGAAACGGAAAAAUUUUGAUUGGAAGUUUUGUUGGAAAAUUUUCUAACUCAGGAAAAAAAAUUGAAAUUUAAUUUUUCUGUUAGUAAAAAAAAUUAUUUAAGAAAUUAAAAAUGGGAAAAUUUUUGGAAAAUUGAGAAAAGGUUUUUCCAAGAAGGAAAAUUAUUUGUUGGUAAAAAUUAAUUUACAAAUAAAAAGUAAAAUUCAGGAAAAUUUUUUUUUCAAUUUUCCAAUGAAAAUGGAAAAUUCUUUUUGUCUGAGGGAAAAUUGUUAUGAAUGUAAAAAUGUAACGAAAUUUGAUUUUUUUUUUUUAAGAAAAUGGAAAAUUUAUAAUUUUUCAUUAAUUAUUUAAUUACUAUAAUUGUUGUCAAUUAGAAAACAAAAUAAAUAUAUAUAAAAUUAUUAUUAUUAUAAAUAUAUAUGUAUAUUAAAUAUUAUAAAUAAAUAUUUAAACGAGUACGCGGUACAAAAUAAUGAAUUUAAAUAAACAAAUAAUAAUGUAUACUAAAAUAAUUCAAGGAUUGAUGAAAAAAAUUUAUUAUAACUCAUAAACUAUCAACUUUUUGAAAAAAAUUAAUAAUACAAAAAUUUUAGAAAAUUUGAUUUGCUACAAAUUUAUUUAUCAUCGAAAUUGCCGUAGCAUCAGUUGUUAAUGAGCUAUAAGCAUUUUAAAAAGUAUAUAUAGUGCCAAAAACUUGAAAAUGAAUUUUUGGAAAAUAUAUAUGAAUUUAUAUCGAGCCUUAUCUUCGAAACUUUUGAGUUUAGAGCAAAAAGUAUAAGAACAAAAGUUGUAGGAAAUUUAAUUUUUCACAAUUUUGUUCCUUAUAAAAAUGGUCGUAAGAUCAACUGGUAAUGAGUUAUAAACAUUUUCAAAACUUAGUAACGUCAAAAAUAGAAAAAGUUUUUUUGGACAAUAUAUAUGAAUCUAUAUUGAGCCUUAUCUUCAAAACUUUUGAGUUUAGAGCAAAAAGUAUAAGAACAAAAGUUGUAGGAAAUUUAAUUUUCUACAAUUUUGUUCUUCAUAAAAAUUGUCGUAAGACGAAUUGGUAAUGAGUUAUGAGCUUUUUAAGAACUCAGUAACGUCAAAAAUGGAAAAAGUUUUUUUGGACAAUAUAUAUGAAUAUAUAUAUAGCUAUAACUCAUAACCUAUUGAAUUUAAAGUAAAAAGUAACUGAUCAAAAUUUGUAGAAUAUUAAAUUUCCUAUCUAAUGAUCAUAUAUUUGAUACCAUUAUCUUCUAUAAUCACCAAGUAAUCGAUGAUUAAAAAAAUUAACUGAUGAUAAUUUAAUUUUGCCCAAAAAAAAUAUAUCGAUACUUUUAAGCCGAUAACUCGAAAAUGAACGAUUCUACAGAAAUUUUUAUUGAUUAUAAACUUGUAGCUAAUUAAAUUUCCUUUACAAAAGUCACCUAUUUUGUAUAUUUAUUUUGAAUAAUCUCUGAAAUAAUUUGAAUUAAAAAUGAAUUUUGUUGACGGGAAUAAAUCGAGUAAAUUUUUAAAAAUCAAUCCUUCAGUUAUUUAAUUAACUGCCAACACUACCUCACUCACACGUAAUAAAAAUAUAUCUCAACCACAAGACUGAUAUUUUACACAUAGUAUUCCUAUAAAUAAAAUAAUAAUAAUAAUAAUAAUAAUAAUAAUAAAUAAAUAAAUGGGGAAGAAAAAAUGAAUUUUGUAAAGUUAUUUAAAUAAAAUAAAAAUAAUAAUGCCAGAGAAUUGAAUUAUUUUUAUUUUAUAUUUACAACUAAUCAAUAAACAAUUAAAUAAAUAAAUAAUAAUAAAAUGUUUUGCAGAAAAAUAAUAAUAAUAAGCGUAUCUCGAUAUUUAUGGUGUGAAUUGUAAACAAAAUAACAAAAUAUAUGUAAAUUAUAAUAAAUUUAAAAAUCU